AUGAUUGGUAAAUGUUUCAUACCGGCUGACUUUGUGGUGCUGGAACUAGACCAAGAACCAAGAGAUCCCCUGAUCUUAGGGCGACCUUUCUUAGCCACAGCCGGAGCUAUUAUUGAUGUAAAGGGAGGAAAGAUAGACCUACACUUAGGAGACUUGGUGAUGAAGUUUCAAAUUGACAAAACUUUGGAAAAGCCAACCAUCGACGGAUUCUCUUUCUUGGUGGACAAUUUAAGUGAGGUGUCUGAAGGAGUGUAUGAGGAGCUGAUAAUGGACGACCCCUUAGAAGUGGCACUAACCCGUGUGGAGAAAGAAGGAGGCUAUUUUAGUAGAGAAGCGCGAGACAUAGCCAAUCACUCGAUAACGCGGAGACGUACAAGAACUAGUAGCUUAUGUUGGUCUUGGAGGAAGAAGUAA